ACAAGAGGCGCAAGCAAUCAGCUGAUCGAAGAUGAGAGAAAAUUUAUAUAGUUCUACAAAAGUUGAAGUGACUAUUUUUGACAAUUAGAUUUUUGAAUUAAAAGUUUUCUGAAGAUUAAUUUUGUUAUUGUUUAUUAUCACGGAAAAUGGCUUUAAAUUUGAUCAAACAGAUUAUAUCGAGUAAACAACAUUCGUUCAUAAGGAAAACCUUAUCAGCAAAAUUUUAUACCGGAAGCUUGUACGAACCUAAUUAUCUAGAGACAGGAAAAUCGAAAUUUCCACUUUUACCUAUGAUAAAUAUACAAAUUAAAGGUUACGAUUAUUCAGUGCUUGAAUGUUAUCAAAUAUUUAUGAAUAAAUUAGCAGAUAUGAUGCAAAUUGAUGUAGACAACAGUUGGGCAUUACCACCUCAGGAAUUGAAGAUUCAGAAAUAUAAAACUGGAACAACAGCAGUCAUAUCUGAAUACGAUAUUAAAAUUUAUGAAAGGCAUACACAAUUAUCAGAGGUAUCUGGUAUUAAAUGUUCCAUAUUAAUCAGAGCAUUAGAAGCAUCCCUUCCACAGGGCGUUACUCUUAAUGUAGAUACUUAUGAUCCUGCGUUAGAGCGGAAGCGAUAUGUACCAGACAAAGAAUUACUUGAUUUGAAGUCUACUUUAGAUACAAUGAAGAACAAAGCUUAACUAUAAAUUAUCACAAUUGAUAUAACAUCUAAAUGCAAAUACAAUGCUCUUGUAUGUAUAUAUAUUAAUAUAUAAAAAUAUUUUCCAUUGUAAGAAUAUUAUUAAUUUUCUAUUAUAAGAAUACUUUUUUUUUCAGUACAUAUAAAUUUUUAUAACAGCAAAAACUUAAUUAAAACUAAACAAAAUUAGUAGAAAAAUAACUCUAUUCUUGAGAUAUAUGUAUAUAUUUAUACAAAUUUUAAAAAUUUUAAAAAUAUGAGCAAUAAAUACAAACAUAAUAAACAUAAAAGUACAAAUAAAAUAAUAAUAUGAUAAAAUUAAGAUAUAAAAGAUUAAUAUUAGAUUAUAUUGCAUAAUUCUUUUUUUCUGUAGCUUAAAGGAGAGAGAAGUAUUUUGUAAAAAACAAACUAAUAUAAAAAUUUAAAAUAAUGUUGCAAUAUAUAUUGCUUUUGAGAAGAUGAAAUGUGUAUAUCUGUCUGAGAAAGUAUAUUAUCUAUAUUUGGAUCUUCUAAUCUUGUAUAUACUAGAUUCUUAGCUCUUUGAUAAUGUAUAAAAUAUCUAUAUGCAGAUGUCACAAUAUGUAACAAAAGAUAUUUUCAACAAAGAAAAUUUGUGAAAGAACUAAGGGGGAUUUCAGGUUUUAAAUAUGAAUUGGGAGAGUGCUAUUUUUCGUGACUUAA